GGCGUGGCCUUACCUGUCCACACCUGCAGGCUGCAGAGGAUCAGACCGAAGAAGGAGACGCGGAAGGAAAAUGUUUCAUCUGAGAAGAAAACGCUGAUUUCAUCUGACCCGGUUCGUGUGUAAAGGUUCUGAUCCGAGUCCAGUUGGCUUCAGAGGCGUUGGACGUGGACACACCUGAACUUUGUUCCCAGUUUGUGUCGGAACCCGGAAGUGACACCAUGGGCAGUAAGGAGCGCUACCACUGGCAGGCUCAGAACGUGAAGGUGAGCGGUGUGGACGACAUGGUGCUGCUGUCAAAAAUCAGCGAGGACGCCAUCACAGACAACCUGAAGAAGAGGUACAUGGACGACUACAUCUUUACCUACAUCGGCCCGGUUCUGAUCUCUGUGAACCCGUUUAAACAGCUGCCAUAUUUCACAGACAGAGAGGUGGAGCUUUACCAGGGAGCGGCGCAGUAUGAGAACCCUCCUCACAUCUACGCUCUGGCUGACAACAUGUACCGCAACAUGAUGAUUGACAGCGAGAAUCAGUGUGUCAUCAUCAGCGGAGAGAGCGGAGCAGGAAAAACUGUCGCUGCCAAGUUCAUCAUGAGUUACGUGUCCAAAGUGUCUGGAGGAGGAGACAAAGUCCAGCAUGUUAAAGACAUCAUCUUGCAGUCCAACCCCUUGCUGGAGGCCUUUGGAAAUGCCAAAACUGUCCGCAACAACAACUCCAGUCGUUUUGGUAAAUACUUUGAGAUCCAGUUCAGUCGAGGAGGAGCUCCAGAUGGAGGGAAGAUCUCCAACUUCCUGUUGGAGAAGAGCAGAGUGGUGUCGCAGAAUCCUGGAGAGAGGAACUUCCACAUUUACUACCAGCUGUUGGAUGGAGCAACUGGGGAGCAGAGGGAGAACCUUGGGGUCACAACCCCAGACUACUACAACUAUCUCAACCAGUCAGAAACCUACACAGUGGAGGAUGUCAAUGACAAGAAGGACUUCUCUGAGACCAUGGAGGCCAUGUCUGUUGUGGGUCUGUCUGUGGAGGAUCAGGACUCUGUUCUUCAGCUCGUGGCCGGAAUCCUUCAUCUGGGAAACAUCAGCUUCAGAGAGGAGAACAACUAUGCUGUGGUGGAGAGCCGAGACUUUCUGGCGUUCCCGUCCUACUUGUUGGGAAUUGCUCAGGAUGGACUCUGCAGUAAACUGACCAGCAGGAUUAUGGACAGUAAGUGGGGGGGGAAGACAGAGUCCAUCUCCGUCACCCUGAACACUGAGCAGGCUGUUUUCACCCGGGACGCGCUGUCCAAAGCCCUUUAUACCCGACUCUUUGACUUCCUUGUUGAUUCUGUUAACAAAGCCAUGCAGAAGAAGCACGAGGAGCUGAACAUCGGAGUGCUGGACAUCUACGGCUUCGAGAUCUUCCAGCAAAAUGGCUUUGAGCAGUUUUGCAUCAACUUUGUUAACGAGAAGCUGCAGCAGAUUUUCAUUGAGCUGACGCUGAAGGCGGAGCAGGAAGAAUAUGUUCAAGAGGGAAUCAAGUGGAGUCCAAUUGAAUACUUCAACAACAAGGUGGUGUGUGACCUCAUCGAGUCCAAACUGAGUCCUCCAGGGAUCAUGAGCAUCUUGGACGACGUGUGUGCCACCAUGCAUGCUAAAGGCGAGGGGGCGGACCAGACACUGCUGCAGAAGCUGCAGGGUCAGAUCGGCUCACACGAACACUUCAGCAGCUGGAACCGCGGAUUUGUCGUCCAUCACUACGCUGGAAAGGUGUCGUAUGACGUCAGCGGCUUCUGUGAGCGCAACAGAGAUGUUCUGUUCAGUGACAUCAUCGAGCUGAUGCAGAGCAGCGAGUUUACGUUCAUCAGAGCUCUGUUUCCUGAGAACCUGGAGGCGGAGAAGAGAGGGCGACCGACCACUGCCAGCAGCAAGAUCAAGAAACAAGCCAACAGUCUGGUCCAGACCCUGAUGAAGUGCACCCCCCACUACAUCCGCUGCAUCAAACCCAACGAGACCAAACGGCCCCGGGACUGGGAGGAGAACCGAGUCCGGCACCAGGUGGAAUACCUGGGUCUGCGUGAGAACAUCCGUGUCCGCAGAGCUGGAUACGCCUACCGACGGAUCUUCAACAAGUUCCUGCAGAGGUACGCUAUCCUAACUAAGGAAACGUGGCCACAGUGGAGGGGUGAUGAGCGUCAGGGCGUCCUUCACCUCCUCAGCUCGGUGCACAUGGACCAGGACCAGUUCCAGCUGGGUAAAACCAAAGUCUUCAUCAAAGCUCCAGAGUCGCUGUUCCUGUUGGAGGAGAUGAGAGAGAGGAAGUACAACGGUUACGCUCGGGUCAUUCAGAAGGCGUGGCGCAAACACAUAGCUGUCCGAAAAUACGUCAAGAUGAGGGAGGAAGCCUCCGACAUCCUGCUGAACAAAAAAGAGCGCCGCAGGAACAGCCUCAACAGGAACUUUGUGGGCGACUACAUCGGGACAGACAACCAUCCAGAGAUCCGCCAGUUUGUCGGCCGCCGGGAGAGGAUUGAAUUUGCUGACGUUGUGGUGAAGUUUGACCGCAGGUUCAAGACAGUGAAGCGUGACCUCAUCCUGACCCCAAAAUUCCUUUACUUGAUUGGUCGAGAGAAAGUGAAGCAAGGUCCAGAUAAAGGCCAGAUCCAGGAGGUUCUAAAGAGGAAGAUGGAGCUGAACAGGAUCCAGUCUGUUUCCUUAAGCACACUGCAGGAUGACGUCUUCAUUGUCCACGAGGAGGAGUAUGACAGCGUCCUCCAGAGCACCUUCAAGACCGAGUUCCUCAGUCUGCUGGUGAAGAGAUACCAAGACCAAACCCAGCAGAAGCUGCCACUGAAGUUCAACAACCUUCUCGAGUUUAAGGUGAAGAAAGGCGGCUGGGGUCCGUUCAGCUGUUCCGGUUCCAGGCAGAUCCAGUUCCAGGUGGGUCAAGGGGAUGAAGCUGUCCUGAAGCCCAGUGGAAAGGUUCUGUUGGUCAGCAUUGGACCAGGCCUGCCCAAAACCUCCAGGCCGACAAGGAAAGACAACCGCAAGAGUCGCUACAUGGGCCACCGGGCCCCGCCCCCUGCCCAGUGUUCUACAGAUCGGCGGUCCAGAGGGGGUGGAGCCCCACGAGGAUACACCCCCUCCAGAGGGACCCUCCUGCGGCAGCAGUCCAGCAUGGAGCAGCCGACGCUGCCUCGGUUGCAAGGCCAGCGUCGCCCCAGCAACCGCCAACAGCAACAUAAUGACAUGAACUUCAUGGAUGUCCCAGAACAAGGCGCCUCAGGGAUGCAGCGUAGGCGUUCAAAGGAAGUGAAGCCGCUUCCAGGAGCCAGUCGCCCAAAGCCGGCUCCCAAACCGAAGCCUCGGUCGCCUCAGUGCAGAGCGCUAUACGCGUACGACGCCCAGGACACCGACGAGCUCAGCUUCAACACCGAUGACAUCAUCGAGAUCCUGACUGAAGAUCCUUCAGGCUGGUGGUUUGGCCGGCUGCGGGGCAGGGAGGGAAUGUUCCCUGGAAACUACGUGGCGAAAAUCUGAGGUCUGUGGAGGUUGGACUAUCCGGACUUCAUGGAUCUGUCAGAGUGAUGGCUGUCAGUCAGCGUCAGCUGCUCUUUCUCCUGCACAGGCUCAAAAAUGUUCCCGCUUGAUGUCAGUCUUUGCUCAUUUCUCACAUUUCUUACUCACUCCAGUGUUACCAUGGCAACCUGCUCCAGUCCGUCACCCCCUACAGCCUGCACCAAGUACUGUCACGCUUUGACACGUGCACGUGAGCACAUCAGGACUGUGUCCGCAUACGACCACCCGGUGGAUUCUCUUCCUGAAAUUCUUUGAUAUAACUCGGAAAAAAAUGUCGGAAGAUUGUGGAUCCGAUGAGAACCAGAAUCACUUUGUCAUGUUGUCGCUGUUGUUAACUCAGAAACCAUGUGCAGCACUGCAGCCAGACGCCGCCCCCUGGUGUUGACUCACAGGCACUGAACAGAGAUGACCACAGACUGAACAUCAUCCCGGAGCUUUGAUCUUCACUUUGAUGAGAUACGGCCGACAUUCCGCUCUGCUUUAACACCAACUCAGGUUGAACCAGCAGCUGCUCUUCAGUGUUAGUAUUUUUUUAAGCAGAAUGAACCUAAAUGUUGGUUUAAAAAAAAAAAAUCCAAUAAAAGAACCCGUCUGACUGACCCAAACAAACAGGCUUUGACUUUAGGGGGCGUUACCAUACCAACAGCUAUUCAAACACUGUUUGAGGAUGGUUUGAAAUGGAUCAGAUCAAAUUUUUUCUGCAGUUCUAUCAGGAUUUAUUUUGUUGUUGUGUGUGAAGCAAGUGUUUGGCUGCUGGUUCAAUUCUGUGAAACUCACACACACACACGUGUGAAAGGAGCCGAAGAUUCUGAAUCAUGUUUCAAAAAACAUGAAGAAUGAGACUUUUGCAUCUGACACAGAUGGUCAGAGUGCUUUACGAAGAUGCCUUACACUCACUCAUUCACUCACUGCACACAGGCCCUAAAACGCACAGUGACGCCACACAUUCACUUGUUCACUCACUGCACACAGGCCCUAAAACGCACAGAGAGUGAAGCCACACAUUCACUUGUUCACUCAAUGCACACGGAUCCUAAAAUGCGCACACAGUGACGCCACUCAUUCACUUGUUCACUCACUGCACACAGGCCGUAAAACGCACACACAGUGACGCCACACAUUCACUCGUUCACUCACUGCACACAGGCCGUAAAACGCACACACAGUGACGCCACACAUUCACUCAUUCACUCACUGCACACAGGUCCUAAAACACACACAGUGAUGCCACUCAUUCACUCAUUCACUCACUGCACACAGGCCCUAAAACACACACAGUGAUGCCACACAUUCACUUGUUCACUCACUGCACACGGGUCCUAAAACGCACACACAAUGACGCCACUCAUUCACUCGUUCACUCACUGCACACGGGUCCUAAAAUGCACACACAAUGACGUCACACAUUCACUCGUUCACUCACUGCACACAGAUCCUAAAACACAGACACAGUGAUACCACACAUUCACUUGUUUACUCACUGCACACAGGCCCAAAAACACACACAGUGAUGCCACACAUUCACUUGUUCACUCAUUGCACACAGGCCCUAAAACGCGCGCACACAGUGACGCCACUCGUUCACUCACUGCACACAGGCCCUAAAAUGCACACACACAGUGACACCACUCGUUCACUCACUGCACACAGGCCCUAACACGUGCACACACAGUGACGCCACUCAUUCACUCAUUGCACACAGGCCCUAAAACGCACACACACAGUGACGCCGCUCGUUCACUCACUGCACACAGCCCCUAAAACGCACACACACAGUGACGCCACUCGUUCACUCACUGCACACAGGCCCUAACACGUGCACGCAGUGAUGCCACUCAUUCACUCACUGCACACAGCCCCUAAAACGCACAGUGAUGCCACACAUUCACCCACUGCACACAGGCCCUAAAAUGCACAUACGGUGAUGCCACACAUUCACUCAUUCACUCAUUGCACACAGGCCUAAAAUGCAUAGUGAUGCCACGCAUUCACUCGUUCACUCACUGCACACAGGCCCUAAAACACACACACAGUGAUGCCACACAUUCACUCGUUCACUCACUGCACACAGGCCCUAAAACACACACACAGUGAUGCCACACAUUCACUCGUUCACUCACUGCACACAGGUCCUAAAACACAGACACAGUGAUACCAAACAUUCACUUGUUUACUCACUGCACACAGGCCCAAAAACACACACAGUGAUGCCACACAUUCACUUGUUCACUCAUUGCACAAAGGCCCUAAAACGCACACAGUGAUGCUACACAUUCACUUGUUCACUCAUUGCACACAGGCCCUAAAACGCACACACACAGUGACGCCACUCGUUCACUCACUGCACACAGGCCCUAAAACGCACACAGUGAUGCCACACAUUCACUUGUUCACUCAUUGCACACAGGCCCUAAAAUGCACACACACAGUGACGCCACUCGUUCACUCACUGCACACAGGCCCUAAAACGCACAGUGAUGCCACACAUUCACUUGUUCACUCAUUGCACAAAGGCCCUAAAACGCACACCGUGAUGCCACACAUUCACUUGUUCACUCAUUGUACACAGGCCCUAAAACGCACACACACAGUGAUGCCACUCGUUCACUCCCUGCACACAGGCCCUAAAACACACACACAGUGAUGCCACUCAUUCACUCACUGCACGCAGCCCCUAAAACACACACACACAGUGACUCCACAUAUUCACGCCACACAUUCACUCAUUCACAUCCCUGCA